GUGACGACGCACGUUAGCAACGGUCCAAGCUGGGCGGGGCUCGUUAACUGAGGAAUCGAAAUAAAGGAUCGUGCAGAAAUCUACUCGAUAGUAUUUCACUUUUUCACGAUAAGUUAAAGGUCGGUCUACUGUGAUGCCAAUUCGCCGAGCACCAGCGACUCCUACACAGGAGAAGGCCCCCUCCGCGGCUGCAGAGAAAGAGCCAGAAGCUCCCUCAGAGGAGUCGCCCCCUGCUGACGAGGAGGAGGCAGCAUCUUCAGCAGCAACAGCUGAUGGUGAGGAGGGUGAGACUGCAGGCGAUGCAGAGCCCAAGGAGAAUGGAGAAAAGGCUGAAGAAGGAGCCUCUGAAGAGAAAGAAGAAGGGACUCCAAAAAAAGAUGACAAAUGCAAGGACUGCGCGGCUGGACAGUGCGCAACACACUGCUAUGUUCUCCUACUAAGGAUGAAGGAUGGCUACAAGUAUGAGAAAUCCAAAACCAAGAAGGUGAAACGGACGAUCCCUGCGUGGGCUAGCAUCACUUCAAACAAAAACAUUCCCAUUACCAACUUUGCAGGCACACAGAACAAAGUGGAUAACAUCCUUAUUGAAGCUAUAACGUCUUCUAAUGAUAGGACAGGGGUUUCUUUCCAAUCUGUCAUGAAAUAUAUGCUGAAAAAAUAUCCAGGGAUGGAGCUUAACAAGAAGAAGUUUCUCAUUAAGAAAGCCAUGAAGAAGCACUUGGAGAAGGGCACCAUCAAACAGCUGAAGGGUAAAGGUCUUUCAGGAACAUUUGCCGUUGGAAAGCAGCCUCCCCAGUCUAAGAAAGCUGGUCAGAAGCAGGAGUCUCUGGGAGAUGCCCUUCCCCUGAUCAUCACUCGGCUGUGUGAGCCAAAAGAGGCCUCCUAUAACCUGAUCAAGAAAUACCUGGAGCAGCACUUUCCCAGCCUCAACAUCGAAAACAGGCCAGAUAUCCUGAAGUCAGCCCUGCUGAGGGCAGUAGAGAAAGGACACCUGGAGCAAAUCACUGGGAAAGGAGCCAGAGGGACUUUCCAGCUGAAGCGCACUGGCAACAAGUCUCAACUGAAGGGCAGCACCGUGGAAGACGCAAUCACAGUCGCUAUCACAGCCAUGAAUGAGCCUAAAACCUGCAGCACCACAUCACUUCGCAGAUAUCUAAUAGAUUCCAACAAGGAUAUGAGGGAGAAUCUGUUAGUGGCCAACCUGAGAAGGACGCUGAAAAAGUGCAAAGUGCUCGGCUGGAUGGAGCAGAUCACUGGUCAUGGCUUCACAGGGACCUACCAGCUUUCCUUCCCAUUCUACCCAAGUCCUACCACCCUCUACCCUGACAAGUUUAAAGACAUUCCAAAGAAGCCUGCCAAACGAAGGAAGACAGUUGAAUCUUCAGAUGAAGAGUCUGAGGAAGAGUCUGAAGAGGAGUCCGAGGAGGAGUCUGAGGAUGAGGCUCCCCGUAAGAGGAAAUCACAGAAGAGGCCUCCACCCAAGGCUCGUCGACCUCCUCCAACCAAGAGAUCCCGGAGCAGCAGUCAGUCAAAAGCUAAAGGCCGGGGACGUCCACUUGCAAAGAAGUCUCCCGCCAAGAAAGCAGCUUCAUCAGCCAGAAAAUCAGGGAGGAAACAGUCAGCACCCAAGAAGGAAGCUGCAGCAACACCUAAAGCAACACCUAUCAAGAGAGGUGCCCCUGCAAGAAAGCCCAAAACACCAGCUGUUAAAAAGCUCAGCAAAAGGGGGUCUAAGAGACUUGUGUCCAGAGAAUCAUCCCCCAAGGAGGAACCUACUGAAAGGGCGACACCAAGGAGCAGGUCCAAACCAUCUGAAUCUGAAGAAUCGUCUCCUGAAGAGCCCGUGGUUAAAAAGCAGGCAACCAAAAGUGGAUCCAAAAGGCCUGCACCAAAGGUAUCACCCGCUGAGGAACCUAAAGUCAAAAAAGAGGCGAAGAGCAGCAAGAAGUCCGCUCGAAAGUCAAAGAGGGGGAGAAACUGAACCUAGGAGCACCUUCUACAAACUGGGCUGUGCUGAAUUUACAGCAGUCUGCAGCUUUGUUUCAGUGCUCUAUUUUUAUUGUGUUCUCCCUUUUUUAAAGGGGAAAUAGUUUAGUUUUUAUUUCUAUUGUAGAAUGAGAACAUUGUCCUACAAGUUACAUUAGCUGUACUUGGAGAGUUUCAGAAAUUUCUUUUUAAUUACAAUGCAUAGAAAAGCUUGGUUAGUGUUGCCGUUGAAGCUGCCAGAUUGGGAAAGCAUAGCAAAUUCCAACAUACUGUAAUUAGCCACGUAGUGAUUUCAAUUUUAUAUGUUCUUCAUCCAUCAUAAGUUCUGGCUGCACACUUCCUAAGCUCAAGUUAAAUGAGAUAUCAGUGUUUUGGGAUGAAGAAGCUGUUUUUAAGAGUUUAAAUGGAAGUUGGAGUUAAAUGUUGCCAGUGUUUCUUUUAAAAGACAGAAUUUAAGGCUUUUGUCCUGUGUUAUGGGACAAAAUUACAAAACUUUAAACAUGCAGUACUGUAUCAGAAUCUGAAACAUUAUCCCAAUUUCUUUUGUUUAUUAUUAUUGUAAACAUUAACUUAAAUUUGAUUUCCUUCUUUAAAAAGGAUCCCUAGAAAAGCCUGCAGGAGCCAUGUUGAGAAUAAAGUGGAGGGUGAAAUACGUAUUCAAGUCUUUGAGGGAAAACAGUCUCAAUGUGUGUGUGUGUGUGUGUGUGUAUGCGAACAUAAAGAUUGAACUAACUGAGUCACAGCUGUCACAAGUUAUAAGAAACAUGUGUUGUGAAUAAGAAAUAGGAUAACAGCUCAUACAUACCCUGCAUGCAUGUAUUCCUUGUGUUGUUAAGCUUUUUUCCAAGUCAUUAAUAAAAUGGCUAUAUUUGUA